AAAACGAAGCUUUCCUGCUUUCGGGACCUAAAUCCAACAAUUCCUAAUUACCUGAGAUAGACUAGAAGCGAAAAACAUAGCGUUCGGGAACACCUAAUCGAGAAAGUUCUUCUCACUAACUGUAAACAACUGAGGAAGGAGGCCGAUCAAACGCCAUAAACAACAUGGAUCAGAUGCAGCUGAGUCCGGGGUUCUCGAUUCCGAGUAUCGGAACCCCGCUGCACCAACCGGAGGAAGAUCAGCAGAUUCUGCCCCAUGCCUACCAGCAGCAGCAACAAUCGAUGCCUCACAUGACUCCGAUGGGUGGCCUUAGCGCGUACGGGUUACCUUCCGGAAUGGGAACACCCGGAAAGAACAUGCACACCUAUGCACCCAGUUUCGCAGCACCCCAAAGCAUGAUUCAACCGCAAACACCGCAAAGCCUCAUGUCCCCAAUGGUACCUAUGACGGAGAGCAAAGCGUCAGCAACACCCAUUCAUAAUAGCGGGAGCAGCGUACGGGACCCGGACAACAUCGGAAGUGUAAACAUCCACCAGACGAUGGGUCCCGCCACGCCGAUGACACCAAUGACCCCAAGCGAACCCGCCAUCCUGCCCCAGCUGCAGAACAUUGUGUCAACGGUGAAUCUUAGCUGUAGGCUAGAUCUUAAGAAAAUCGCCCUGCACGCCCGUAAUGCCGAGUACAACCCAAAACGUUUCGCCGCGGUUAUCAUGCGAAUUCGAGAACCGCGAACCACGGCGCUGAUUUUCUCUAGCGGGAAGAUGGUCUGUACUGGAGCGAAGAGCGAGGAGGACUCCCGACUGGCGGCUCGAAAGUAUGCGCGAAUUAUCCAAAAACUGGGAUUUACAGCUAAAUUCCUCGACUUUAAAGUUCAAAACAUGGUCGGCAGUUGUGAUGUACGGUUUCCGAUUCGAUUGGAAGGUCUGGUCCUAACGCACGGUAAGUUCAGCUCCUACGAGCCGGAAUUGUUCCCUGGGUUGAUCUACCGUAUGGUGAAGCCGAGAAUUGUGCUGCUCAUAUUCGUGUCCGGAAAGGUGGUACUUACCGGUGCCAAAGUGCGGCAGGAAAUCUACGACGCGUUCGACAACAUCUAUCCGAUUCUGAAGAGCUUCAAGAAGCAGUAGUUGGGGCUCAGCAAUUCCAUUCCCAAGAGCCUAAGCUUUUUUGUUUUAACCAUUUGAUGUUUGGGUAUCGUAUAAUAGUGUUUCUUUUUCGGUUUACAAUCGUCUGGAAGUGAAUUCAAAGCAAGAAUAAUUAAUAGGAACUGUAAAAGUUGUUGGGUCGCUGCUUUUGGUGGCGAAUUUUUCUGAAUAAAUCAUUGAACAAUUUAUCAAAUCAAAUCGGAAAACAACUGCUACAUACAGCUUUGCGCUAGGAUAUUUCGCAGCUAGGAGCUGAUAGUCUUAGAUUUUUAGCAUUAGGCAGGUUUCCCAAUAACAGGAAUUCGGCUCUUACCGUUUGUUAUUCGAUAACAAAUUGACUAAUACAUUAUCACAAUUCGA